UAACAGAGAGUGGCGGUGUGUGGGUGUACCGUCGGUGUAUGUAUUGCAACAACGGAGAAGCGGACGCACGAGUCAUCAAUCACUGGGUCCUCACGCCUACACUUCAAGACACUUCACAUCUCUUCCUGGCAGAUGAAGAGACAACAUGAUGGGCCACAAGUUGCGGGUCGUUGCUGUGAACAACUUUCCAUAUAUUGAUUUUGAGUUUAACGUCAGUGACCCGGGUGGUAUAAUCACAAUUAAAGAUUCCAUAGACAAAAGACUGAUCAACACAUUCGCAGCCGCUCUUAAUUUCACAUACGAGAUUAGAUCUGAACCCGAACAACAGUGGGGUCUGCAAGUGAACGGAGCCUUCACCGGGAUGAUGGGACAGCUUCAGCGUGAGGAGACAGACUUGUGCUCCAAAGCUGGUCCCUCACCAGAACGUCUGAAGGUCAUAGAGUUCCUCAGGGGGUAUCCCUCAGAGCAGAUGACUGUGAUAUCUCUGAAGCCUUCACUGUUACCGGAAAACUUGUCCUUCAUAAGGCCAUUUACAGGAGAGUUGUGGUUGGCAGUGCUGGUGAGCGUGGUAGUGUGGGGCGUGAUCCUGUGGCUGCUGCAGAGAGCGUGGCGGUGGGUGACAGGUGGUAAUGGGGUCAAGUUUAGCACUGCAUUCAUGUACUGCUGGGCUGCCCUCGUGGUACAGUCAGUUCCUGAUCCGCCAGUUAGUGACUCAGGAAGAGUGUUGGUGAUUUCAUGGCUGGUGUUCUGUCUGGUCAUCACUACGGGAUACAGCUCAUCACUGAUCGCUCACAUAACCAUUCAAGGAAAGACAAAGCCUAUUGAGACUUUUGAGGACCUGGGAAAGCUGAGUAACUGGAAAUGGGGCACUGAGCCCUGGCAAUUUAACGGGAUAAGUUUGGAAUAUUUCUCCAAUCAUUCUAACCCUAUUAUGCAGCACAUUUAUAAGAAUAUGGAGAGAGUAUCCAUGAGAGAGGCGCUGAAGAAGACAUUGCAGGGUCACUAUAGUCUAAUUACAGGAACGAAUAAUAUCAUGAUUACCAUCGCCUCCUACUACACUGACUCCCACGGCAACACACCAUUCUUUAUCAGCAAGAAAGGUGUCACUCCAAUGGCUGCUUACGGAUGGGGUUUUAGAAAAGGCGCACCGUUUUACGCACGUUUUCAUCAGCUUAUGUCGCGACUGGAAGAUGCUGGAAUUAUAAAAUACUGGACUGAGGACGUGAUAGCCAGACGUGUGAGGAAGAACAGGGCAGCUGCUGCCCUCAACCCUCAAGUUAAUCUGGAGAACACUCAUAUGGGUGAGAGCGAAGUAGUGGUGCUUGGGAUGCAACACAUGCAGGGCGCCUUUUACCUCUUGUUCCUGGGCUGCUUCUUCGCCAUCCUGAUCCUGCUGUGGGAGAACCUCGCCAACGCCUUCUUCUCACCUUAGUAUCUCUCAUUGCAUUACCAGACCUCCGACCAAGAAUAAUGUUUUGAUGAUAAAAGCUUCAUUGACUGAUAAUGAACUGAUGUCUCAUGUGUAGUCAAUAGGCUUCAAAACCCAUUGAACAACCAACCUAUAAAUUGCAUAUCGCAUCUCCUAGGAAUGCUUCCUCCAAGACAAUGCCAAUACCAUGGAAAAACGAAAAAUAAAAUUUAUGACGCAGACUGCUGAACGAGCCAAGAUUGUGAGGAUGUGGCUUUGGGGCAUGACAGCGAGGGACAUAUCCCUAGAGAGUGGCACCAGUGUCUCCACAGUGUACAGGUGGAUCCGUCGCUGGCGAGACUGUGGAACGCUGGAGACUCGAUCUCACUGCAGGCGAUCAUUCGCCCACUUCUAUACCUACUCGGUCUCUCAGCUCAGUAGCAGGGAACCUUGCUGCUCUAAUUCGUUUCCCUGGUUUCAAGAGAAUAAUUCUCCACUUCCCUGGAAAAGUGCUUCGUAAGACUGGUGUGCGGGAACUUUGCUUUUAACACGGGGAAAAUUUAGAAUUAUUUACAAUUUUAACGAAGUGUAAAUUAAAUUUGUUUACAAUGGUAUUUCCGCUUAGUGAAUCCAAAAGAAAAAACAAUGUGCUCUUGCAGGGAAUUUAACUAGCUUAAAUGUGUUAUUUGUGGUCUAUUUAUUUUCAUUAUUCUUCAACUGACUUCAAAGACCCAAACAAGCCAGUUUGCUUUAAGAUUCUUCAUAGAUCGAAAUGGAUAUUCAUUGGUGAUAAAUAUAAUUCAAAAUGCUUCAAUGUUUACAAAGUUUAGCAAUAAACUUUGUAGAAUACUCUGCAGAUUAGGUGAGAAAGUUUAUUUGCUUUCUGAACUGGGAAAAUAUCUGUGAAACACUUCAGCAAUAAAUUAAUUUUAAAACUAA